AUGGUUCUCCUAUCGGCAGCUAUUUGCAACAAGAGUGGCAAAGGACUGCUAUCUCGGCAGUUUGUUGAAAUGUCACGAUCACGAGCUGAAGGGCUACUUGCAGCCUUCCCCAAGUUGAUGAGUAACGGAAAACAGCAUACUUUCGUUGAAACAGAAAGUGUUCGCUAUGUUUAUCAACCUUUAGAGAAAUUAUUUGUCUUACUCAUUACUACCAAGAAUAGUAAUAUACUGGAAGAUUUAGAAACGCUAAGGCUAUUUUCGCGAGUUGUGCCUGAAUAUUGUGGUUCUUUGGAUGAAAAAGAUGUUCUUGAUAAUGCAUAUGAAGUUAUAUUUGCUUUUGAUGAGAUUGUGGCACUAGGUUAUCGCGAAAGUGUCAAUUUGUCACAAGUUAGAACUUAUAUAGAAAUGGAAAGUCAUGAAGAAAAUGUUUAUCAAGCUGUCCGUAAGUCACAAGAAAAGGAAGCCCACGAAGCCAUGAAGAAAAAGGCAAAAGAAAUUGCUCAACAAAAGAAAGAACGAGAAAAAAUGAAUCGUGGUAAAGGUGGUACGUCAAAUAUGAGUAGCUUAAUGUCAGGAACAUCUCGUUUGUCUCCAGAUGUACCAAUGGUCGGAGAUACAACCAGUUCUGUAUCGACUUCAUCGAGUAAACCGCAGAGUACAUUCACAAGUAGUUCAAGACCUAGUGGAUCUAGCCGUGCUUUGAAAUUAGGUGGAAAGGAUAGAGAUCUUAAUACGUUUGUAGACAAACUAAAAGCUGAAGGAACUGGUAAUUAUGAAACAAAAUUUUAUGCAGGUUCUAUUAUAUUCUCUUACAAUUAUUGCUCUUCCAACUCUCGAUAUGGAUUAACUUUAGAUGUGAUUGCAUCAACGGCAAAACAUUCCAUUGCUUCAGCCAAUAAACCAGAGCCCCCAACCAGUAAUGUUAUCCAAUCAGGUAUUCACCUUAAAUUAGAAGAGAAAAUUAACCUACAAGCUCGUCAAGAUGGUAGUUUAGAAACUAUGGAGGUCUUGGGCAACCUAAUAUUACGCAUUUCUGAUGCUGAUAAGCAGAACAUACAUGUUUGGGUAAAAAAUGAUGAGGAUCGAGAUGUUCAGACACAGACUCACCCACAUGUGGACCGCAAGUUUUUUGCGCAAAAAUCAAUUAUUGCAUCCAAAUCUGCUUCAAAGCCAUUCCCAUUGAAUAACGACGUUCCUGUUCUCAGAUGGAGAUAUCAAACUUCCGAUUCAAGUCAAAUGCCAUUGUCAAUAAAUUUAUGGCCGUCUUAUAAUAAUGGUAUGACAGAAGUAAAUGUAGAAUAUGAGCUUGAGCAAGAAGACUUAACGCUCAAUGACGUCAACAUUGUUAUACCGAUACCGCAUGGGUCUGGAAGUCCAGUUGUUAAAGAAGUGGACGGAGACUAUGAUUAUGACAAUGGAAAGUCCUGUUUAAUUUGGUCUUUACCAGUUAUGGAUGCCUCAAAUAAGGACGGCAGUUUGGAAUUUACCGUAGCUGGAGAUCAAAGUGAUUUCUUUCCUAUAUCCUUGUCGUUUUAUUCUCCCAAUUUGUAUUGCCGUCUUUCGAUUGCAGGAGUAAAAGCGGCUGAAUCUGGAAAAGAUAUAACUGACUUUAGCAGCGAGAUGUUCUGUAAACCGGACAGAUAUUUGAUUGGCAAUGUGUAA